AGAAGCGAUCCUACCGUUAGGCGAGCCUGUUCACUUCUGUUUUCCGUAUACCAUGUCAUAUUCUCAGUGACCUAUUAAAAUGAACACACUUUAAUCUACGUGCGUAUUUUGUGAAACGUGAUUACCAGUUAUGGAAUACUUUUCUUUUUAAUAAUUCAGUUUACAGGUGUGGACUACAAACACGGUUUCUUUUCUUGAAGUUUCUGACUUUUUACAAGUUCUACCCUACUGGAAAUCCCAUAUAUGAAAAAAAAGUCAUAUUAAAAAAUGUGACAUUUUGAAAAAUGAAUUUUUUUGCAUUUCUCGAAAACCUACGAAAAAUGAAUUCUUCUACACCAGAAAAAAAUGUCAAAAUUACUAACUCAGAGACGAAGAAAAAAAAAGAUUGGGUUCAGUUUGAAGAUGAAUCCGAUAAUAAAGUAAAUUCCUCCGAAACACAAGAUACUCUAACGCAAGAAUCAUCUGAAUCAGUUACACUGAAAAAAGACAUGGAAAAUGAGAAUGGAGUUUGUGUCUUGGAUAACGAAAAAUGUGAUGUUAAUAUGGCUGAAAAAAAUAAUAGUGGUGACUAUAGUGGAGCUGUUAUUCCAACAGAAUCCGUCCAAAUUAAUUUAGACAGAUCAGGUUUAAAUCAUUCCAUUGGCAUGGAAGAUUCAAACAUGUCAUUCAGUGCAAAAACUAAUUCGUUAAAAACAAUUGAUCUGAGAAAUCCUUCUAAUAAUGGAAGAACUAUUUCCAACAACACAACAAGUACUUCUACUGGAUUUGCCAGACAAGGAUUUGUAAAUGGAGACACAAUUGUUACUUUAUUGCCAGUAAAUACAAGAUGGCCAUGGGUUACACCAGCUAGAUUUAAACCUGAAUUAGUACCAGAAGAAUUAAUGGCUCAAGGACUUACGCUCACAGUGGAAGACUACGUGCACAUAAUGGAAUUGUUAGUAAAUGAUGUAAGAUUUAACAUGUACAAUAUUUGCUACAAGCGUGUUCUUGUCUUAUGGAUUUUUAUUGGCUUUGUGAUUCUAUUGGGACUUUUAUUUUCUGGAGUAACAGGUCUCACUUUAUUUGGCCUUGGUGUUAUGUGGUUAGUUCUGAAUGCUGCUGCAAUAUUCCUGUGCAUGUUUAUUAAAAUUAAAUUGAAUCAAAAUUUAGAAAAAUGUAUGGCACAGGUUAACAAGCAUUUGCUCCGUCAUAAAAUUUUACUUGGAUUGGAUGACAGGGGAAAAAUCUCUUGCCAUAAAGUCAACUUGUGUUUCUUAUAUUUCGACAGUAACGAAUGUGUAAAUAAAUUACAAGAUUUCAUCGAAGCAGAAGAGAGAGAUGGUAGAGCUAUUGGAGAGGACGAAAGCAGUAAAGCCCGGCGAGCAAAAGAUAUGCAGCAACGCAUGGACAUAGAUGAUACUGAUAUUGUAAUUCAAGGCAGUACAAUAACGCGGCUCUCAAGAAAACAAGGCAAAAGUGAACGAGUUUUUUGCCGCUACACACAAAGAUGGGCAAAAGACUAUUUGCGAAGGCGCUUGGAUUGGACUGUUGAUGAGGAAGGCGGAAAUCCUUCUUCUCCACGACAUUUGUCAUCUGCAAUAUGCCCCUGUCAAUAUAUUGAAGAAUGGUUGCGGAACAAAUCUCGCAUACAAGGAAGAGAUUUUUGCCCCACAUGGAGCACAUUUUUGAGAGAUAGAGGAAUUUAAAUCGUUCAAUUUAUCAUUUAAAGACAAAAGAUCUGAUGUAUGUACUUAAAACAAAUAACCGUCCAUGGAAAUUUAUACUGUUUACUAUUGCAUAAUGGAUUAUACAAACAUAUGUUUUAUAAGAAGUAUUUUUUUAAAAAAGCAGAGCUUUAAAAUAUCCUUUACUCUUUAAUUACAAAUUGUAUAGAAACCCCGUCAAACCUUAUAAUAUAAACAUAUUGCUAAAAUUUAGAUAUUGAGUAGAUCUAAACAAUGUAACUCACCAAAAUGUGAGAAUAUGUAAGAACUAAUGAAAGAAUUUAACUAAAAGUUUUUAAUUAAAAUUUUAGAAACUAAUUUUUUUAAGUAUGCACUAUAUGUAUAUCUUCAAAAAUUAUCAUUGUUUAAAAAUAUUCCUAUACACGUAUCAAAUGUUAUGUAUAUAGUAAUAAAAAAUUUUCUACUUUGA